AGCAGGGCAGGGCGGAGCGGCGGCCGGCCCGUCGUGUCAUAGCAGCUUCACUGUGGGCCGGGAGGCGAUCGCCAUGGAAACCCAGGCCCCGGUCCCGCCCCUGUCUCCGUGUCCCCCCCGCCCUGAGAGAGCGGCGGCGAAGCCGGUGUGCGUGCCGCUGGGACCCCGGUCCGAGCUGCGUCUGGAGGUGGCCCCCGUCGCGGUGCGUCCCUCCCCAGGCACCGCCAGGUAGAGCGCGGGGCGGGGGCGGUACACAGGCCGGAGAGGGAGGGGCGGGGCGUGCGGCGCGCAAGCCGGGCCCGCUCCGCUCCCGCACCGCCUGCGCCGCAACCCGGCCUCGCACCUGGUGCCAGGUGCCCACCCGCCAUCUUUUCCCGGCCCCUCGGCGCCCUCUGCCCCGCGCCGUGUUCCGCCGCUGCCCGGCGGAGCCCCGCGGGAGCGGUGCUCGGCUCGACUCAGCUCACCAGGGCGGGGCUUGCGUCUCGUCCCCGAUCCUCACGGAGAGGCCCUGCCGUGUUGCCAUGGCCGAGGGAGCCGCGGCGGCGGCGUGCUUCAGCGAGGAGGAUUUUUACUGCCCCGUCUGCCAGGAGGUGUUCAAAACGCCUGUGAGGACUGCGAACUGCCAGCACGUAUUUUGCAGGAAGUGCUUCUUGACAGCUAUCAGAGAAAGUGGAACACAUUGUCCUCUCUGCCGGGGGAGCGUGACUAAAAAGGAACGAACAUAUCCCAAAAGGGCUCUAGAUGUUGAAAACAGUAUGAAGAAAGCUUCUGGGGGAUGUAGAUGCUGUGAGAAGCAGGUUAGAUUUUCAUGGAUGAGACAGCAUUAUAAAACAUGUAAGAAGUAUCAGGAUGAAUAUGGUGUUUCUUCUAUUAUUCCAAACUUACAGAUUUCCCAAGAUGCGACAGGGAACAGUAACAGGAGUGAUGCAAUAUCUGAUAAUGGCGAGAUGGCUAAUAAUCAAAUACUUCAAGGAGAAACCAGUGGACACCCAACUUUCAAAUGCCCCCUGUGCCAGGAAGCCAACUUUACCAGACAGCGCUUGCUGGAUCACUGUAAUAAUAGACAUCUUUAUCAGAUAGUUCCUGUAAUCUGUCCAAUUUGUGUAUCUCUUCCUUGGGCAGACACUAACCAGGUUACUAGAAAUCUUGUUAGCCAUCUAAAUCUAAGACAUCGGUAUGACUACGGAGAAUUUGUGCAGGAUAUUCUCAACAGUCUAUGAUUACUCUUGUCUGAAGAUCAUGUUUUGGUUUUUAUUAAUGGAGGAUGUUACGGCUGGUUGGAAGCUCUGUUGUAAGAAUUGUGUGACAUGAUCAGCUUUCCAAAGCUGGCUAUUCUGUAGUAUAAUUGAGCCAGGGGAAGAAGAUGGACCCUCCUGCUUAAUGAGCCUUGUCCCACUCAUCUGAUUCUUCUGUCUUGUCCAUCUCUUGGCAGUUGGUUAAAUAAAAGAUACUGUACAACAUAAACAAUCUAGUACACAUAAAGAUGGUGAGUCUUCAUCUAGGUGCCUGUUCCAAUGUGAAAAUGUGGAAAAUGAAUGAUUAAAAUAAGGACUAUGGUACCUCUUCAGUAUUUGUCUAUUUUGAUGAUGUUUUCAUUUUGUUUAGAAUCUUCAGCUUGAUGAAGAAGUCCAAUACCAAAAUGCAGUUCAAGAAUCCUGUCAUGUGGACUUUUAAAGUGUAGCCCCCCUGCAUCUUACCGAUUACCUGAGAGAAAAAUUACAUUACUUCUGCUGGUGAUCUGAAGUAUAUGUUAAUCAAAACGGUAUUCAGUAACCACUUUUCAGGUUUAACUUUUUUCCAUGCUCAUAAGAACUUUUCAUAAAUGAUUUUGCUGAAACUCAAACUUACAUCUUUACAGAGACCUGCCUCUGUGGAAUUGGGGACCUUUUUGGAACUGUUGCCUUGAUUUUUUUUUUUUUUUUUUCCCUAAUGUUUACUACUCUGUCAAUUACACAAUUUCUUUUAUUAAUGGUAGAAAUUUUAAUUCACGAAAACCAACUUUGAAAGUGUCUUUGGAAAGACAUGCAAAAAUGUUCUGUUGCACUGUUGAGUUUCUUGAUGUUCAGCUGUCAUCUGCUAAGAUAUCUGAGAAUUUUUUUUUUUCUCCUCCUGCCCAAGGACCAAGUUUUAUUUGUCAACCACUUAAGAAAUAAAAAUAUCUUGUUUUCUAUAGAUAAGAAUACUGAACAGUUUGGUGGAUUUUUUCACCAUGGAUUGAUAAAGAAUGAUGCCCUUGCCUAGGAAUAAUUACAUCUAUUUUUUUCCCUUUUUGCUGUAUAACUGAAAAACAACUGCUCACUAAAGUGAUGGGUGAGGAGUUUUCCCUGUACUCCCAGCUACUAAGGAAGAUGACAUACUUUCUGAGCAGUUCAAGAUGACAUACCUAAGGUAUAUUUUUUCAGUACAUGACUCUGACCAGCUAAUUUUUUGUUUUGUUGGAGGUUUUUAAGAACUUCUGAUGUUGCAUUUGGAGUUCACAUUUUGGUCUGUUCUGUCUAUUGUGGAAGACUCUGUGACUAGAGAACUAAUUGCCUUCAGACCUACCAAGACUCAGAAAUGGGCUUGUUUAGUUUGAUAAAAGUGUUUAAAAACUUGGACAUCUCUUACAUUUGAAGGCUUGAAAAAACAGUUGAGAAGAAAAACUUGCUCUAAAAUAGUUACCAUCUUUUGAGAUUUCCUUAUACAGAAAGGAAUUUCAAGGUAGCCUGAUGCUUCUAAGCUUUUAAAGAUAAAAACGCAUACCGUGGUGAUUUUAUUAAUGCAUACAUUUCCUAAGGAAUUAAAUGGUUCUAUGUAAAUCUAACUUUUUUAGAUUCAAUAAAAUAUUUAUAUGACCCUGGCAAUAAAUCCCUGCAGCCAAUACAGAUUCAGAACACCUCGUGGACACUGGAAUUAGUUAUUACUUGAACAUAUCUUGAGAAUUGCAAGUGAAAUUGCAUCUGUUUAAAAACUCUGGGAAACAUUUUUUUCUAUAGCAAUAAUUAAUUGUCACAAUGUGUAGUUGCUGAGCAUUUUACUCAUGUUUCAACAUUGAGAGACUUGAAUACACAUUUUAAAGCCACAAAUGUGUAUAAAUGCAAUAUAAAAAGUCCCAAAACUUGCAAAAAGUUUGUGCUCUUUAUUUGCAUGUUAAAAAUCUGUAUUGGCAGGUGCUGCCUUGCUUAAGAUUUUGUACUUUUAAUAUGAAGAGAUUACAUCCAAUACAUUCACUAGGUAAGCGUUUAAUGACAAUGAAACAAUCUAUAAAUAUGCUGCUGCCGAUCACAAUCUUUCUCACUGAAACUCAGACAUGCACAAAAAGCUGUGUAUUUGUGGUGGGUGAUGCUUGUAUUCAAAACAUGCAAUCUUUACUAGAAGAUUGCUGUUUAUCAGUGUUUUCAUGUUCACGUUGCAUUGUGUAUGGUUUCAAUAUGGUAUAUUAUGUUUGAAUUGUACCUCCCAUCUUUUCUCCUAUUAAAGGAUUUUAUUUUAUGUUUGUCUUUUUGUUGCAUAAUAAAGAUGAUCA